UUCACUAGAGAAGUAGUGGACUGAGGACACUAGCUACCUAGCUAACAGUGAAACGAUAGUUUCUAAACCCAGCUAGCUAGCUAGCAAUAUAUUCUAUACUAUAACAUCCCGUCCGACCUCAGUUACGGUUUGUUUUUAAUCAAAUAUCCCUGGUAGAUAGGGCCUGCGAAUGUUGGAACCUCCACAUUCCAGAAUGAGACGAGACGACGAGGAAGACUCACAGGAUGCAAACGUCACCCGGAGAAAUGGAGUCUGUGGGACUAGUGGAAUUUCUGUCCGGCCUUUUCUUCGUCCAGUUCCUCUCAUGAAGACUGUGGUCCCGUUUCCCAAAGAGGGAAAGGCACUGAAAAAUGUCCCUGAUGGUAGACGUGAUCCCACCACACUCCCGCCGGGCGGACAGAAGCAGGACGCGGAAUCCGCAGGCUUCCAGCGCUUCCUCACUGUUCUCAACAAAGGAGUGGACAUCGACAAGCUCUCAACAAUUGUCAACAACGUGAAUGAGUUAGCCGCCACGCGCAAGGGCCCUCCCAGGACCACCCACAAGAGUCACUACAAGGUUGCCCCGGCAUUGAACUUUCCGGAUUUCCCAGUGGCCCCAAGUUGUUCUGAGGACCACAGCCGCUCUAGUGGGGAAAAUAGUGUUUGUCUCCCAAAUGGGCAACUCCAGAGCUUGCUCAAGACUAUUGGUCUGGAUCUAGGAGUGGAGGAGUUGGGCCGACUGACAAACAGAACCCAAGUGAGGCUCUAUGGGUUGAAGGGAGACCCGGAGAGGAAGCACUCACUCAAACGUCCCAGGAGUCCUGCAACGUCUGACGGCUCCAGCCCCUACCCCCUUCCCCAACAGGACUCCCAUCUUACUUUUGAUUACGGCCACUCUAGUACCAAAGUGUGGGACAGAGAGAUGGACCGAGACAAAUCUGAAAAAGACCAGGAUAAACGUUCUGGUACCAGAGACUGUGACAAAGAACGAGACCGGGACAGUUCUCAGAGCGACCUAGAAAGAGAUUGGGAUGAAUCAGAGAGGGACAGGGAUAAGUACUCUAGUAAGAGAGACAGAGACUGGGCCAGGAACUCAGCCACCAGAGACAUACAGAGAGAGAGACACAGGGAAAGAUCUGGGAGCGACCAAGACAGUGACAGACACUCCAGUAUCCGAGACAUGGACAGAGAGAUUGACAAGGACAGAUCUGAGAGAGACCGUGAUAGACACUUUAGCAUCAGAGACUGGGACAGAGAGCGAGGCUGGGACAGAGAGCGAGGCUGGGACAGAGAGCGAGGCUGGGACAGAGAGCGAGGCUGGGACAGAGAGCGAGAAUUGGACAGAGAGCGAGAAUUGGACAGAGAGCGGGACCGGGACAGAGAGCGAGAUUGGGAUAGAUCUGAGAGUAACAGAGACAGGGACAGACACUCUAGUAUCAGAGACUGGGACAGCGAGAGAGACAGGGACAGACACUCUAGUAUCAGAGACUGGGACAGCGAGAGAGACAGGGACAGACACUCUAGUACCAGAGAAUGGGACAGAGAGAGAGACAGGGACAGACACUCUAGUACCAGAGACUGGGACAGAGAGAGAGACAGGGACAGACACUCUAGUAUCAGAGACUGGGACAGAGAGAGAGACAGGGACAGACACUCUAAUAUCAGAGACUGGGACAGAGAGAGACUGCCUUUCCCAGUCUCUAUCAGGGGCCGGGACAGAGAGCGAGACAGGGAUAGAUCUGAGAGUGACAGAGACAGUGACAGACACUCUAGUAUCAGAGACUGGGACAGAGAGCGAGACAGGGACAGACACUCUAGUACCAGAGAAUGGGACAGAGAGAGAGACAGGGACAGACACUCUAGUAUCAGAGACUGGGACAGAGAGCGAGACAGGGACAGACACUCUAGUACCAGAGACUGGGACAGAGAGAGAGACAGGGACAGACACUCUAGUUUCAGAGACUGGGACAGAGAGCGAGACAGGGACAGACACUCUAGUAUCAGAGACUGGGACAGAGAGCGAGACAGGGACAGACACUCUAGUACCAGAGACUGGGACAGAGACAGGGACAGAUCUGAGAGAGACACAGAGAGGGACAGGAACAGGCGCUCUAGUACCAGAGACAGAAACCGAGACAUCGACUGGGCUGAUCGAAGCCGCGGGGAUAAGUAUCGGAAGUCCAGGGAAAGCUCACCGGAGCUCUACUCGUUCUCCAAGAAACCUUUAAAUCCUGUUUCUCAGCCACCCCCUGCACCUGUGAUGACAGCCUACUUAACCUCCCAGUACUCUCAGCACGCCAGAAUUCCCUAUGCUAGUGCCUUCCCUCCAGGGUGGGGCUGUCCUCCCCCUGGUGCGAUGCCCCCUGGUGCGAUGCCCCCUGGUGCCAUGCCCCCUGGUGCCAUGCCCCCUGGUACCAUGCCUCCUGGUGCCAUGCCCCCUGGUGCCAUGCCCCCUGGUACCAUACCCCGCUUCCCAUAUCCCCCUGGGUAUUCAGCGUACCCUGCCACCCCGCAACAUUACUCCAAUAGCACAGCAUUAAGCCGGACAUACACAUAUACCCAGACAACUAGCAACCUUCUAAUCACAUCCACCCAGCCUGCUAGUAACCGCCAGUUAACAUACAUCCCCCUCCCCAACAACCAGCCCACUAGUACCCUAACACUCUUAAAAACCCAUCCCCCUAGUAACCGCCAGCUUACAUACAUCCAGCCUACUAGCAAAUCCCAGGUCACAUCUACCCAGCCCGCAAACCACCUUAAGUUCCCACCAACCUUGCCCGGUAGCAACCGCCAGCUUACAUACAUCCAGCCUUCUAGCAACUCCAAGGUCACAUCCACUCAGUCCGCUAGCAACCUUAAACUCCCAUCCACUCAGUCCGCUAACAACCUGAAACUCCCAUCCACUCAGUCCGCUAGCAACCUGAAACUCCCAUCCACUCAGUCCGCUAGCAACCUGAAACUCCCAUCCACUCAGUCCGCUAGCAACCUGAAACUCCCAUCCACUCAGUCCGCUAGCAACCUUAAACUCCCAUCCACUCAGUCCGCUAACAACCUGAAACUCCCAUCCACUCAGUCCGCUAGCAACCGCCAGCUUACAUACAUCCAACCUUCUUCCAACACCCAGGUCACAUCUACCCUGCCCAUGAACAACCUUAAACUCUCAUCUUCCCAGCCCGGUAGCAACCGCCAGCUUAAAUACAUCCAACCUACUAGCAAACUUGACAUUACAAACGCAGCUGUACUGACACCAGAACUGACCCCGGAGAGUGUCUCCUUAAGCAAAUCCCAACAGCAAGCGGAGCCGUCACGCCCUCGCUCUCAGCAGGACGUUAAGGUGGCAGUGAUCAAGGGCCACAGCAGAAAAAGACGGAUGAAUAGCAAACAAAAGAGAGCGUUUCAGAGAAAGAAGAUAAUAUGUCGGGAUCUUGAGAAGAAGAGAGUGGAAAAGAUUGCAAAGGCUGCAUUGAAAGUUGCCGCUCGGGUGGCAGCCAAGUAUCCCAGGGCCCUUUCUGGACUUAAGGCGGAGAGCCACGUUGAAGGAGAGAAAGAAACAAUGACUGAAGAAGAGAUUAAGGCAAGACUUAAGAAAAAGCUUGCGGAAUUCAACCUGAAAAUGAGUAAAACAUCUACUGAACAAACACCAACACUAAAAUAAAGGCAGGGUGUUGUGAUCUUCACUGGGUGGAAUGAGUUCAUCUCUAAAACAGAAUCUGCAGCUGGCCCAUCCGGAACCAGUGGACAUAAUUUGGCCCACUUUCUUACCUAUCAACAAUGUGUUUAGAUUUGUAAUGACUCUUACAAAAUAUGUUUUAGCCACAUCAA